AUGAAUCGACGAAAGGUUGCAAUCAACUGGCUGAACUUUCAUCUUCUGAAUAUCUUUGGCUUUGGCUUUGGCUUACGUGCGCGCGUCACCAUCGAAGAUGAUAGAGACGUCGUCAGGCCCAAGUUCGCCAAGACCACAAGUCCAAGACCACAAGUCCAAGACCACAAGUCCAAGAACAAGACCAAUACCAAGAUCACCACAAGACCAAGACGACAAGUCCAAAACCACUUGACCAAGGCCACAAAACCAAGGCCACAAGACCAAGACCACAAGGCCAAGACCACAAGACGAAGACCACAAAGCCAACACCAUAAGGCCAAGACCACAAGGCCAAAACCACAAGGCCAAGAACACAAGGCCAAGACUACAAGACCAAGACUACAAGGCCAAGACCACAAGGCCAAGACUACAAGACCAAGACCACAAGGCCAAGACCACAAGAGCAAGACCACAAGGCCAAGACCACAAGCACUAGAUCACAAGACCAAGACCACAAGGCCAAGACCACAAGACCAAGACCAAGGCCACAAGACCAAGACCACAAGGCCAAGACUACAAGGCCAAGACCACAAGGCCAAAACCACAAGGCCCAGACCACAAGGCCAAGAUUACAAGGCCCAGACCACAAGACCAAGACCAAGGCCACCAGAUCAAGACCAAGGCCACAAGACCAAGAUCCCAAGACCAAAACCACAAGGCCAAUACCACAAGGCAAAACCACAAGGACAAGACCACAAGGUCAACACAACAAGACCACGACCACAAGGCCAAGAACAAGACCAAGACCACAAGGCAAAGACAACAAGGCCAAGACCACAAGCACUAGAUCACAAGACCAAGACCACAAGGCCAAGACCACAAGACCAAGACCAAGGCCAUAAGACCAAGACCACAAGGCCAAGACCACAAGGCCAAGACCACAAGGCCAAGACCACAAGGCCCAGACCACAAGGCCAAGACUACAAGGCCCAGACCACAAGGCCAAGACUACAAGACCAAGACCACAAGGCCAAGACCACAAGGCCAAGACCACAAGAGCAAGACCACAAGGCCAAGACAACAAGGUCAAGACCACAAGCACUAGAUCACAAGACCAAGACCACAAGGCCAAGACCACAAGACCAAGACCAAGGCCACCAGAUCAAGACCAAGGCCACAAGACCAAGAUCCCAAGACCAAGACCACAAGGCCAAUACCACAAGGCAAAACCACAAGCCCAAGACCACAAGGUCAACACAACAAGACCACGACCACAAGGCCAAGAACAAGACCAAGGCCACAAGACCAAGACCACAAGGCCAAAACCACAAGGCCAAGACCACAAGCCCAAAACCACAAGGUCAAGACCACAAGGCCAAGACUACAAGAUCAAGACUACAAGGCCAAGACCACAAGAGCAAGACCACAAGGCCAAGACUACAAGACCAAGACCACAAGGCCAAGACCACAAGAGCAAGACCACAAGGCCAAGACAACAAGGCCAAGACCACAAGCACUAGAUCACAAGACCAAGACCACAAGGCCAAGACGACAAGACCAAGACCAAGGCCACAAGACCAAGACCACAAGGCCAAGACCACAAGGCCAAGACCACAAGGCCCAGACCACAAGGUCAAGACAACAAGGCCAAAACCACAAGGCCAAGAACAAGACCAAGACCAAGGCCACAAGACCAAUACCACAAGCCCAAGACUACAAGGCCACAAAACCAAGAUCACAAGACCAAGACCACAAGGCCAAGACAACAAGGUCAUGACCAUAAGAGCAAGACCACAAGACCACGACCACAAGACCAAAACCAAGACCACAAGACCAAAACCAAGGCCACAAGCCCAAGACUACAAGGGCAAGACCACAAGGCCAAGACUAAGACCAAACCCAAGGCCAUAA